AUGAGAUACACAAGCCGAUUGUCCAAGAAUGUAUUGACAAUCACUAUUCACAAAGACCAUGUCCAUGAGGAAAUGGGAUUGGUAUUUUGCAAAAAAGAAGCCAGUGAAAAAGAUGCUGCUGAUUUCUAUAUCGAAGAUAUCUGGGAGGAUAGUUUGUUUAGCGGGAGUAUGCUGACUCCUGGUCUGAAACUGUAUUCCGUCAAUCAGGUGGAAAUCAAGAAUAGGCUGGAAUCCGUGGAAGAACUUCAUCAGAUGUUGGCCAAACUCGAGGGGAGCUUCACUUUUGCAACCGUCUCUCCAGAUGGUAGCAAGUUGCAUCCAUGGAUCCUCGGGCAGCGAAAACGGAUACAGAAUGCUGCUCCGAAACAAUCGAAAAAACCAAUUCAAGAUAACAUUGACAACAACAACAUUCCGGAACAAGUUCCUCAACUGCCUGUCGCUACACCACCGCCGCUGCCAAUGAAUUCUCAGAAACAGACUCCAAUUGUUGUUGAAGACCUACCUGCUGGUCCGAAACCCACCACCACAGCUCUCUCCAUGGAGGACCACAUGCAACAAGUUUUGGAAUCAGAGCACCAAAAAUCCUUGGACCGUUCCAACAUUCACCAUGACUAUGAGGAAAGGGCUGCCGAUGACUUGCAGCAAGACGACGACCAACAUGACAAUGAAAUAGAGGAAUGGAACGAAAAUGGCCCUCUAGAAGUCUUGGUAUUGAACAAAAGCAGGUCUAACGUCAAGCUGUAUUGGGACGAUGGUGCAGAUGGGGUACUGGUAGCGUCCUUGGGGGCCAAGGAUGGCGAACAUAGAGUCACCACUUACAAAGGACACUCCUUCUUUUGCUGCUGGGAAAAUGCUAAAAAUAAUGCAGAACCCCAUGGCUUUACGAUCUCUCCUACGGACCAAGAAAUCGUAAUCCCAGAAAUGGUGGGUGUCGAAUUUGCGGUUAUAUUUGUCAACAAGAGCCAACAAGAAGCAAAGCUUUAUUGGGACGAUGGUUCGGAUGGAGUUUUAGUAGGAACUUUGAGCCCCACAGGAGGAGAACAUCGCAUCAACACGUACAAGAAUCAUUCCUUCUUUGCCAAGUUUGACGAUUUCGAAUCAUCGGCAGAACCAUAUCGGUUCCAUGUUUCCUACGAAGAUGAGAUCAUUCACAUACCAGAGGCAGAAGGAAAAGCCUUCAAAAUUGGAUUUCAGAACGAUAGUAAGCAUCGCGCAGACCUGUUAUGGGAUGAUGGGGUUGACGGUGUUGUCAUUGCCACUUUGGAGGCCAAUGGUGGACAGCAUUAUGCGACGACUUACAAGGGACAUUCGUUCCUUGUGAGAAAACAUGGGAGUAACCUUGGGUUAGUGAACCCAAAGACUAACCUAUCCUAUGACUUCCAGGCUUCUUACCUGGAUCAAAUAUUUGUCAUUCCUGGAGAUGCUGUCGUCAAACGAAAACCUGGACCGGGCCCGGUCGUCGUGUCAAAUGAGCCGACAUUGAUCGACGAAGCAGAAGACAUGGCUGAUCGAAAACCAACAGAGGAAGAUAUGAUGCAGCAGCAACAACAAGAGUCAAAGAAUAAUGAAGAAGAAAUCAAACUAGUAGAAGAAGAUAUGACUAGCAACGAUGAAACGGCAGACCCGACAGAGAAAGAUGCGACUAAGCAACCUCAAGAGUCAAAGGAUAACGAAGAAGAAACCGAACGAAUAGAAGAAGAUUUAGACAUGGUGGCUCGAGAACCGACAGAUGAUGAUAUGAUUCGGCAAUCUCAAGAAUCAAAGGAUGACGAAGAAGAAAUCGAACGGAUGGAAGAAGACAUGACUCGUCUAGAGACCGAAUCCAAUAAUCGGAUCCAUUCGGAUAUCAAGAGCCGUCGAAGUCUACUGGCUGAAGCAAAAGAAGAAAUGCAAUCACAGAGGCAUCUCAUACCGGUGCCUGGCGACGAAGAUUCUAAAGACCGUCCUAAACUUGGUAGUCCAUCGCUUUCGAGGAGAUCAAUUAAGAAGUCGGCAAGCAAGAAGAAAAGGAGCAGCACCGGACAAAAGGCUCCUGCCGCGGCACCCAUCGUCACUGAAGACAGCCGGGACCAAGUAACAACGCAAUCAGAAGUGGGUUCCGAAAAGGCUGUAGAAGGCAUAGCUCCAGUGCCGGUGAAAAAAAGCGUCUCUAACAAGAAGAGCCAGCAAAAGCAGAAGCCCGGCGCAAAAGGCAAACGAAGGGGUCCUGCUGCUUUUGCCAGCGCAUUUGGGGCACUCACGAAACCAAGGUCGAAAGUGGGCGCAAGAGAAAGCGAGGACAAGCUGGAAGACUCGAAUGCGGCGCCUGAAUCCAAGCAUGGGCUCAGUAUGGAUGUAUUGAAUCCAUUUCAAAAUGGUGGGGAAACCUACGAUUAUUUCGAAGACAUCCCAGGAGUGGACGAAAUGACUUCCGACGAUGAUUCAUCAAUUGAACCAGAACUAGAACUGGUGUGGGACAAGGUCAUUACCGACGCAAUGGGGUUCACUGGCAAAUACACCGGUACUAUUCUUAUUGAAAGUGGGUUGCCUCAUGGUGUUGGUGGCAUUGACUACUGGGUGGACGACGAGUGUGUUACUGGUACAUAUGACGGCGAUUGGGAACAUGGCUGUUGGGAUGGUUACGGGGAAAGCACGCUCAAGUGCGGUGAUACAUACACCGGCGAAUUCCAGUUGCAUGAACGACACGGAGAAGGUGAAUAUGUCUGGGAAACAGAGGAGUGCAACGAUGGCUCACGAAUAGAACGAUAUUACACCGGAAAUUUCGAGUCGAAUCAGAGGCACGGGUUCGGUGUGUUCACCUGGAAGACACUAGUGGGUGAAAAAGAGAAUCUAAGCGUUUACAAAGGAAUGUACCAUCACGGAAAGAGGCAAGGUCAAGGAGUCUAUACCAACAUGUUUUUAAAGUAUUCCGGCCAGUGGUUUCAGGACUUUUAUCAUGGAAUGGGUCGAUUGGAAGUUUUCAACGAGCACAUUCAUCGUGGGAAUUUUCGAAUGGGGCAAUUCGUCGAAAAAGCUUCUGUUCCUCCUCCAUUUGUGCUUGCAUCGCAUGCGACCAAGAGAGACAUUGCAAAGCGGCACAACGUACUAACUGAACUAACAAAAAAGGCAGAACAGCGUCCUAAGAUUGAAGCACUGCCAAAUAAGUAUGAGGCCAAAGAGACCGUGUCGUCUUCCACUGCGCCUCAACGAAACCCAAUGGUUUCUGCAAACAUGCUCGCGGGAGUGCAGUUGAUGAAACGAGCACCAGUUGGUGAUAUGGAGCUUGUUGCCGUCAGUUUGCCUCCUGACUCUGUACGAAAUCCAAAGAAGCAAAACUUGUUGGCAGAGCUUGGUGCCGUCCUAACGAAACGUGACGAGAACAUGAAACCUGAAAAUCGGCCGAUUGAAAUAGUCUCGCUGCCAAGAAAGGUCAAAGGAUCCCGUGGGAGAAGUACAAUGCUAAAAAGCACUGCAUUAUCAUCAACGAACAAACCAUGGGAGCAGCCAAAGUUGGCAGCUCCAGCUCGUCAACAACCUUUGCAACCUUCGAAGUCUGCAAACCAUGCAACAAGGGUUACAUCGACUCCCACUACUGAUACAAAGAAGAAUAUGCUUGCUCAGUUAUCUAAGCCUCCUGCAUUGAAACAGACCCCGAUAACUAACAGUGGUGCUGCAAAGCCAACGGCGGAUCCAAGAAGAAAUCUCAUGUCACAGUUGGCACAGCCUCCCGCUUUGAAGUCAGCCCAGCAGGCACCCAUAACAGAGCACAAAACAAACAAUGCACCUCCAAAGCGCAAGAUGACAAUGCUGGAAGAGUUGCAAGCCAAAAUGGCUGCCAAAACGUAA